AUGACUGAAGUACAUUCACCCAUAGUGCUAAAGUCAGAACAAGUAAAACAUUUACAACCACCAUUGAAUAAACAAUCAUCUUCGAUACAGAAACAGCAACAACUUCCACAACAAUCUCAAAAACCACAAUCUCCAUCGAAUUUACAUCCUAUACAACCUUCUCCCUGUGUUGUUAAAACUUCAAGAGAAUGGGUUUUACCACCAAGACCCAAACCGGGUAGAAAAUUAAAAGAUCUUAAAGAUAACAAACCAAAAAGAAAAUCAUGUAAGAAAUCAAAAGAUUUACCACAACAAUCAUCAAAUCAAGAAGCAAAAGUAAUACUGCAUCAUCAAUCAAUAACUCCAUCAACUCCAAUUACAACUUCAACCACUACUAAAUCUAUACCGAAAGAAUUAAGUAAAGACUUAAAUUCAGAUUUAUCCACAAUUUCAUCAUUAUUACAAAAUGUUUCAAUAAUUGAUUCAGAAAAUAAUUAUUUAAAAUCAAAUUUAUUAUGUCUUAUACAUGAAUAUAAACAUUUAAAAAAUCUUGUUACAAAUCCGACAACAGCAAAUACAACACCUGAACCAGUUGAUCUGGAUUUUGGUUGUGCAUCAUCACCAUCAAUUCAAGAUUCAACUCAUCAUCUUACAAAAAUGAUGAAUGCUACUUCAAUAAAUACAUCAAUUGAUUCCAAAGUACAUAAAAGAUUAUUUAAAGAAGUUAUAGAAGAUGAAGUUAAAAUUGACACAAAUCAAAAUUUUGAAAAUUCAAUUAAUUCACCAAUAAAUUAUGAUUCAUCAAGUUUAAGUACAUCAGUUUCAACUCCUUCAACAACAAAUAUAUUAUCAGAAUUUGAAAAAUUUAUAAAUAUAGAAGAAUCAACAGAACCUUUGAAAAAAUGUAAAACAAAUGAUUCUAUAAAGCUUAACACAGCAACAAAUACAUCAAAUUCUAAAUCAAGUUUAAAAAGUAAAAAAUUUGCUCAUUAUAAGGAUUUCCAUAAAUUAGAUACAGAAGAAGAUUCAGAUUUAGAUAUAAAUUUUGAAGAAGAUGAUGAAGAAUAUGAAGAUAAUUAUGCAGAAGAUCAAGAUCAUCCAGUAUAUUCCCCAUCAUCAAUAAUAUCAACAUCAUCAUCAUCAACAAGAUCAUCAACAUCAUCAUCAUCAAAUCCAUCAAAUUCACAAAAUUAUUUAUCAACAACUACAACAAAUGAAGAAUUAUUAUCAAGAACAACAUCACCAUAUAAUUCAGAUUUUGAAACUAAUAGUUUAAUGAGUACAUUAACAAGAUCAACUACAGUUUCUUCAAUAAAUACAGUAAUUCAUGAAAAACCUCAAUUAAAUAUUCAUUCUCAACCUUUUUCAUUAAAAAAAUUAAACACCAACAAUAAUUUUUUUGAAUUACCUAAAUUAAAAGAAGAAAAUAAUUAUAAUUUUAAAUUUGAUGAAUUUAUGAUUGAUUUUAAUAUAAAUGAUGAUAAACAAAAAAAUGAAUUUAAUAAAAAGGAAAAUGAACAAAAAAAAAUUGAUGAUGAAUAUAAUAUGAUUACUGAUAUAUUAGAAGAAAAAUUAAUGAAUAAUGAAAUUAAUUAUUAUGUUUCUGGAUCAAAUGAAAAUGAUAUGAUGAAUAUAGAUUGGUAA